GUAAAAAAUAGUUGAUUUUAUGAAGCUAGCGACACGAAGAUGGGGAUUUUGGUGUCAAUUUAUCUUUGAUACCAGUAUUUAUUCAAACUAAUAAGAUGUUGAUCCUUACAGUUGAAGAUACAUUGUCAGAAUGUUAAUAAUUUGAGUAGUUUAAAAGAUUCUAAGGAAAGGUAGGUAACAGUUUCAGGACAGUUUUUGCUGUGUUAGCUAGCUAGAUAGGGAGAUAACAUGUUCCUUGAUUAAAUUGUUGUACACUGGCUACAUUGUUUCAUUACACUGUAACAAUGGAAUGGAAAAUGAUAAGGUAGCUGGUAAAUGUACCUGUGCUAUCGCACUUUUACAUAUGGCUGACAGGCAGACUUACUGUCAUACCACGCUGUCUGAAAGGUAUUUUUCUGUGAUUCAUAGCUACUGUAUAUAUUGUUUGUUGUUUUUCCUCGGACCAGAAUCAUGUUCGUGGCGGUGGAGAUGGUUGACACUGUCAGAAUCCCCCCAUGGAAUUUCCAGCGGCAGUUCAAUGAGGCCAUAGCCGAAGAACUCAACAAGAAAUUGGCCAAUAAGGUGAGAGGAUGCAGUACCAAAGAUACUGUAACCAACUCCCCUAUUCAUCUGUGGUAGUACAGGGGUUCUGUAUAUUGUCAGCUGAGUUCAUAUUUUAAUGUUUGCUUGGCUUAGCCUAACAUAAUUGUGACAUUGUAGUCUUGUUAACUUAUCUGUGCUUUAUUUAUGUUUGGCUGUUUUUACUUGCAUCUCCACAGGUGGUUUACCAGGUUGGCCUCUGUAUCUGUUUGUAUGACAUCACAAAAUUGGAGGAUUCCUACAUAUUCCCAGGUGAUGGAGCUUCCCACACCAAAGGUAAGGAAAUUACAAUUUGCGACAGAUUUUCAUGCGAAUAUUCGAAAAUCGCCAUAAAAAUAUUAUGCACAUCUUCCCACCAGAGGUGGGUUUCCAUCAAACUGACUUGUUGCAGAUAAAAAUUUGUGUGAUGACAUAGUGCACAUAAAAAGCACUUUUGUGCUUACAUUUCCAUGUACCGAAUAAAAAAUGGAAGUUCAAUGUUUCCAUUGCAUUUUCAACUCGACCGAUGGUUUUGUCACAAACUGUUACAAUAAAUAGAACACUUGCCCAAUCUAGUUUUGGCGCAUGCUAUAUAGACAACAGUUCGCUGAUAAAGUUGACAGAGUAGGUUAUAUGAUGAGAUAUGGAUAAGCGCAAGAUACUUUUUAUUUGAUAAAGCCAAACACUGAUCAUGUCACUAGCAGUCAAAUAAUACCACCCUCGAUAUUUAUUGGAAAUUUGCAAGCUUACUGUGCACUUAAAGGCCCAAUACAGCCAUUUGUAUCUUAAUAUCAAAUCAUUUCACCAGGCAGGCCAAAACUCCAUCCCACCAAAACAGGCUGAAAUUUCAGGCGUUUUUUUCUAACAGCGCUUACACUAAAAGGGCAUUAUCAUUAUUUUCACAAUUUCACAGAAUAUUCCAACCUCAUAGUGUGGAAAUUUAUAUACAAAAUUAUCCACAGUUGUCUAAUGUAUUUUGUGUUGACAUUUUGCCCUCAUGUGUUGUUUCAAUCAGGCCUGUUGUGAGUUUAUUUAUUUUAUGCGUAAUUCAUCCACAUGAAAUGGUUGGAUGGAAACCUGUUUAAUGUCGCUGAUAGGCCUACAUGUUUCAUAUGAAUAUAGAUGGUAACAAGUGAAUACAUUAGUGGGCUCAAUCCUAAAACAACCCUUGACCCUUACCUAAGGUAGAAAAAAUACAGGUUAAGACAACGUAAUAAUUUCAUGCGGAGUGUUCGAAAAUAAAGACAUUCAUUGGACCAGCGCCGUUGCUGAUUCUACAUAAUUAGCAUUGAAAACGUGACCACCGGUCGGGAACUCAAGUAAUAAAGUGGUUGUAGAUAAUUUGAAAAACAUUUUAAAUUGAUAUAGUGACAGUAAAACGGGUAUGCUAUGUGUUUGUUGAGUAGUUAGCUGGCAUUCACAACCAUUCUGUUUAUUUUCCACAUUGAUGACGAACUUUCUUUACUGCUAACAUUCACUUUGUCAUUUUCGCUCCGGUGCUGGUCCAAUCAAUUUGUUUAUUUUCGAAUGCUUCUGCAUGUAAUUAUGUUGUUUUAACCAUUGUUAUCUUCAACCUAGCCUUAGGCACUUCGUGCAGAUCUGGAAGAAUUGAAAUAUGCAAAGUUAUUAUAGGACGCCGAUUGGGUCUUUGCUUGUCAAAGAAGAUACACUUCAGAUAACUAUUUGACGCAUCAAAUAAGCUUGUUGACCAAUCAGGACCUGAAUAUGACUGCACGUCACAUAAUAAUUUAACACGUUCAUAAACAAAUGUACUGUACUUAGUUAUUACACAUUGAUUACACUAUCACUCGUAUUUCAUAUGUCACAGCGAUUAUUUACCUGCUAUGAUUCUGGUGAAGUUUUUGUCUCGCGCACCUGCCGCAGCCACACAAGGCAGACACACACUUCCCCAAGCUCUGAGACAUUCCUGGUCAGAAGAAAAGCUAGGUAGCUGAUGGAUGCAAACAAUGUUCUCCCAAAAACAUAGCAAAACAACAUCAUUAGUUUCCGUAGCUAUAGUUAGCAAGCUAACUAUCUAGCUAGGGGUCAUCAUCUAAAAUACCCCUAAUGUAUGUAAUGCUGGCUGGCUGGCUGGCAGGCAGAAGCAGCAGGAUCACCAUCCUUUCUCCCCUGCCUCUGGGAUGGUUGCAUGUCGGGGAGAAUGUUGGACUACCUAGCUAACAUUUAUGAUCCUGCUCGUUUGAUCCUGAUCUUAUUUCAAAUGCUCACACUGACGUUUUCCCAUUCAGUCGAACAAAUAAUGGCUUAUUACCAAAGCGGUAUUGUAAACACAUUGUGGCCGGUGUGUGUGCGCUUGUUUUCAGACUUUGUUAGUUUUUUACAGCUUUGACGGUGCUACUGACUGUAGUGGUGGCGCUUGGCUUGCGCAUGCAAAUUUAGUACACAACAACAUUCUAUAAUAGAAUAGUGUCAUUUGGCGUGUAUCUUUUUUGACACGCAAAGACCCAAAUGGCGUUCUAUAAAGACCCAUAUUGCACCUUAUUCCUAUCCAAUCCUAUCAGAUCUACACAAGUGCCUGGAGGGCAGGGCCUAAGGGUUGUUUCUGGGCAGGGACUUUCUCUUAGGACUGUGUCCAUUUUGGUGUGACCCUAUCUUUUCCCUACUCUGUUUGUUAGUACACUUCAGGUAUGUUGUGUUCCACCCUUUCUUGGAUGAGAUUCUUGUUGGAAAGAUCAAGUACUGCAGUCAAGAAGGAGUACAUGGUGAGAGAAACUCCUAAUCUUUUCCCUCGCCUUCCCGUUUUCUCACUACCCAUCUGAAUGUUAAGUCCUAAUAGACUAUAUGACUCAGUGCAACAGCACUGUCCAUAACGCAUAGACCUAUGUCUAUUCUGGAUUAAUAGGCCUCAUCAUGUGAAAAUAGGAACACUUGAAAAUGCUGUGAUUUGCUGAUACACUCAUUUGGGUCAGCUGCUUUUUAUACACCGCCGUCACAGCCCCAGAGGAGUCAGUACACACUGCAGUGGGAUUCCUACCGACCCUGUCUCUCUCUCAAUGUAUAAAGUGGAUCAACAGGGAGAAUGUCUCAGUAUGAAGUAUAACAUUGAUGUGGCAGUCUGUCCGUAUAGAUUUGUUCACACUACCAUGUUUUGUUUCACAGUCAGCCUAGGAUUCUUUGAUGACAUCGUCAUUCCCCCAGAGUCCCUACAGCAGCCUGCAAAAUUGUAUCCUGCUCAGUGAUGUGUGUUUGUGUAUUUCCUACCAAUGUGUACAUUUUACAAUUUGUUGCUUGAAAGCUGAGUUGCAGUAGAUGUCUCAGGAAUACGAUAGUGUAAAUGUUAAUUAACCUCAUGUUGAUAGCUAUCCGAUAGACAUUUUAGUUUACCUGUAUAAGCGACUUAAAAUAAAUCCAUCUAGCAUGCGCUCCUUGACUGCUGCCCCAGCGAUGAAGCAGAGCAGGUGUGGGUGUGGGAGUAUGAGACAGACGAAGGGGCCCAUGACCUCUACAUGGACCAAGGUGAGGAGAUCCGCUUCCGGGUCACAGAUGAAGUCUUCCUGGACACGUCGCCUACGGGCCCUUCUGCCGCAGCAACUGACACCCCUGCAGCCCCAGGAGCAGAGGACGGUGGCCAGAAGAAAGAGGCCCCUUACACACUGCUAGUAAGAAAGCGCUCACUGAUAUAACAGACUUAUUUCACACUACAAAAUAUUUAAUUACUAUUGUUGUGAAUUGAAUAAUUUCAAGUAUCCAUAUACAGUAUAUGUAACUGAGUUAAAUGGUACUGGUAAGCUCAUUCAAAACGUCCAGUGAGCAGGUAUGGAAUGUUUGCUCAGGAGUAUAAUUAAUUGGCUGAUCCCUCCUGAUGACCUGGAAGGAAUUAUGUGAUCUUAGGUAGCUGAUGGAUGCAAAAAAAUGUUCUCCCCCAGUCCCACCCAGUUGACUACUUAAAAAUGGUGAAAGUCCUCAAGGGCGCUGCCCAUGCUAAAACAGGCUUUGGGGCACUGUAGCUGUCUAUCUAGGUCUAUGGCGAUGGUGCUGCCGAAUUGGUACCUUUUGGGUAGUGCAACUGGUUAGUACUUUGUCAAGCAGGGCGGUCACUUGUGCUUGCGAAGCAAAGGACCACUCGUUCGAGGAGGCAAAACUGUUAGCAGCACAGUGACGUCCGUCACAUAGGUGUACUUUUGGUUUUACAUCAUACAUCCUUAUUACAAAUUACUAUUUUAAGGUAUUUUUCAAUACUAUAAGUCUGUUUUCUCUAAUAAUGGCCAUAAUUCAUUCCACCCCUCCCCCCCCUGCCUUUCUUGUGUUCCAGGGUACCAUUAGCGAGCCAGGCUUGGGCCUCCUGUCCUGGUGGAACAGCUAACGAAAGGGAGAGACCAUUACAGUAGAGAAAACAGGGGAGACAGCUGUCAAGUAUUCAUCCCAGCUGCUGGACAUACACCUUCUUUUUGGACUCUUCUCAGAGUCCCUCCUCCCAGGUUGUGACUUUAACACUGGAGAAACAUGCCUCUGUGAAGUGUCCACGAGGCUCAUAGACACAAAACUGUGGGCUCAAGUGGAGGAGCAAGGAUUCCCAUAAUAGGAACGUCCCUAUCUGCCUUCAUAAUGGCAUACCCAAGGACAAGGGACCAGUAGCAAGGAUUACUAAUAGAGCACACAGACUGGGGACAUGGAGAACUGUCUCACUUGCAAAAGUGUAGCUCCACUUCCCCCUGUGUAUUGUAAAUACUACCACCAUAACUGUUAACGUACCAGCAUUUACACCCGGUGCACAUGACAGUAAGAAAGACUGAGUAAAGGGCCCCAAUUGGCCUCUUUAGUGUCACCAUGUAAGUCUGAGUGAGUGUGCCUAAAUAUACAAGUGUGUGUUGUCUUUGUGACCAGUAUAGUGUUUCAUCAGUGAUAAUUUUUGUUUGCAUGAUUUUGAGUUGGGUUUAUUUAAGCAGUAAGGCCCAAUGGGAUGUGGUAAAUGGCCAAUAUACCACAGCUAAGGGAUGUUCUUAGGCAAGAGUACCUGGAUACAGCCCUUAG